AUUUCGGUGAUAAAGCAGUAGUCACUGAAGUAUUAUUGUAUAUGUAUAAAUAAUACACUGGGUAGUUAUGACUGGAACAUGUUCUAUUUCAACCCGGUUGUUUACAUAGCCGGCAUAACAGUAGUGGUGUUACAUCACAAAAGGUCCGUCGUGCAUCUGGCGCGUCAUAUCCGUUCUCAGCACGUUACAGUCACCUUCAUGCCCAACAAGUUUUUCCACUAAUAUGUAAAUCGAAUUAAACUUAGAAGCGAUUUCAAUGAGACAUUUCGGGAAGAGUGAUGUCUCGACUGGCCAAGAAAUCACAAGCUGUUUGCACGGACCUGCCCUUGGACACGAGUGACAUCUUGGACAAAGUUAAUCUUCUGGGUCAGCUUUUUAGAUCUUGUUUUGGUCCUUCGGGGAGACUAAAACACAUCCACAACAACAUCGGAGGGCAAGUUGUGACCACGUCAACGUCAUCACUUCUACUUUCAUCCAUUUCCUCAUCACAACCGCUCCUAAAUCUCAUUUUAGCCUCCGUUCGCAAUCACGUCUGUCGUUUCAGUGACUGCGGCUUGUUCGCAGCCAUAGUUUGUGUUGCUCUUAUUGAGGGAGUCAAACAGCUUGACCUUAAAGGAAAGGUGACCACCGGUGUGUACAAACACCUGUUGGGUCUGUGCAUUAGUUACCUCCAACAAGAAGACUGCGGCUGUAAAGUGAGGCUCGAUUUUUGCAGCAGCGAUGACUUGAUCACGUUGGCUCGCAGUGUUCUCUGCAGCAAACCCGCCUGUAGACUAACAGAGCAUGAAGCCCUUCACAUCAGCAGGUUAGCAGUGCAAGCAUUUUUACUCACAGUACCUUCCCACAGCAAUGGCGUAGUAACUCUAGGCACGACCCUGAUUGUGUCCAUUGAUGGCCUUCCUGUGAUGGACUCUGCAGUGUUUCCAGGCAUAUUAGUAGACAUGCCGAAUGACUAUGAGUACUCAGAAAUGAGGACUCCCCCUGCUAUUCCCAUGCGAAUGGUAUUGUUCAGUACAUCCCUCGCUGGAGAUCUUUCCGAAGUAGGAGAUGGAACAAUUGAGGUGCACCGCGGUGCAGACAUGGACUCUGACAUCCUGAAUCAGCUCCUUGGGAUUGGCAAACGGGCAAUGGAAGAUGGUGUUAAGAUAUUCAUGUGCCAGAAGGUUAUCCACCCGGUCUUGCAGCAAUACCUAAGGAGUCUCGGCAUCAUAGUCAUAGAGCGAGUGGGGAUUAAUCUCAUGCAGCCUCUUACGCAACUCACAGGGUCCCAACCAGUGGCAACGUUGCACACGAUAAUCCCUCCUCAAGCCUAUGGAAAGGUGGCGAUUACCACUUCUAGACAGUUUGGAUCCAAGACAAUGCUGCAUUUAUAUCCGUCGGAGGAGUCGGUGAUCUGCUCCACAGUCCUCUGUCACAGGAACGAGACCAUGUUAAAUGAAUUGAAGGUGGCGUGCCAGAAGACGGAGCAUGUUUUGCGUCUCGCCCUGAAGGAACCGUUUGCUUUGCUCGGAGGUGGGUGCACAGAGACCCACUUAGCUGCGUACAUCAGACAACAGUGUGACGCAGCUGGAAGUGCAUCAAUGCUCGGCUGCUCAAAGGCAGAAUACCUGCUUGGAGUGGAGGCGUUCUGCAGCGCUCUCGAUUCGGCGGCUGCAUCGCUACAGCACGACAGUGAGAGUUCUCUCAUUGAUCUGACUUGCGCUCACCAUUGGACUCUCCCAGAGGACGCCGAGGCUUGCUUCAACAGCUGUGGCUGCGGACUGAUGAAAAGUGACCAAAGUCCAAUGUGGAGCCACUUGAACACUAAAUACCCAGUGUUCUCCCCGGGGUCACUGUCUGGAGGCGAUAAGGUGAAGCCACGCGUGCUCGACUCUUUCACAGCAAAGCUCAACGCUUUACAAGUUGCGGUAGAAACCGCAAAUGUUGUCCUCGAUGUGCGAUAUAUAAUACAAGAUAAGAACUAACUCAAAAGGGCAAGAGCGGUUUGCGACAAGCAUAUUGUGGUGAUGUUAUGAGUUUUUUGACAUUUAAAACAGUUCAUUGUGGUCUACAUCAGUGGUCCCCAACCUUUUUUUAGCUGUGGACCGGUCAACGCUUGAAAAUUUGUCCGCGGACCUGGGGGGGAUUUUUUUUUUUUUUUU